AUGUAUUGCGUUUUCAGUUACAUUCUAGGUGCCCAAGCGGUGAAUAUGUCGGAUGGUGCCAGCGAGUCAGAAGCAGAUCCUGAAGACCAAGAUGAGGAUCAGGAUCAUUUGGAAUCUGCUGGGGCUGUUCCACGUUCGGAUGCUGAGCAUUUGCGAGACCUCAACAGCCUAGGCAUUACGGCAGAGGACGAGUGGGCUUCCGAAGCAUUCGAUGGAAGUGAGAGGAGCGAGGAACCAGAAGAUCAGAGAGGCAGUUCACAGGUAUUGCCCGGAGGUCCUUUUUGGUUUCGACAAAGGUUGGCAGGUCUUGAGACAUUGCAGGAUUCAGAAUGUUCCAUGCACGGCCUCAUCCGUGCGUGUAACUGCCACGUCCAAAUCGCCGAUGACCUUUCCUUUGUGGAUGUCUUUGCAACAACUUCUCGAAUAGCCGAGAAAGCACGGCGCAUCUUUGGCUUAUCUCCAAGUGAGUUCAAUGAAACGACAGCUUGGCCGGAUGGCGAUGCCAUGCCUGAAGAUUGCGUGGAGCAAGAGAACCCAGAAAGUAUCCAAGUGCGGUGGACCACUCAUCCAUCACGUCAGACCUUUGUCCACAGAACAGUCAGGCCUUCAUUUAUUAGCACUCCUCUGAUCCAGUCUUUCUACCCAAGUCUUCACUCUUGGUCUUUCCAGCAUGAGCUUGACCCUGUUCAGUCUGCAGCCAUUGCAUGUGUUGAGCACCGCGAAUCUGUGCUGCUUUGCGCACCUACAUCUGCGGGCAAGACUGUAGUUGCGACCUAUGCAGUGGCCAUGGCUUUGCAUGAAACAAAACGGGCUAUUUACACUACUCCCAUCAAAGCGCUGUCGAAUCAAAAGUUUUUGGAGCUCGGGAAGUCUUUUGGCGCGCAGUACAUUGGCAUCAUGACUGGUGACACAGUUAUUGCCAGCGAUGCUCCUAUCGUAGUGAUGACGCUGGAGAUUCUUCAAAGCAUGCUCUACAAGCAGGCACGGGAUCCAAAUCUUUUGGAUGACUUUGCUUUCGUUGUCGUUGACGAAGCUCAUUUCCUCGGCGAUGUAGAGAGAGGAUACGCAUGGGAGGAAGUCCUCGUUCUUUUGCCUCUUCAUGUCAAACUUGUGCUGUUGUCGGCGACCGUGCCAAAUGCCGGUACAGUUGCAGAAUGGUGUUCGCGAGUUCGAACUGAGCCAGUGCAUGUGCUCACGAGCGAACAGCGGCCUGUUCCACUGUCGCAUGACCUCUUCCGAUGCGAGCCUCCGGAUUUCUUUGGAAGGAGGCGUUCAUUCUUCAGUGUCCUGAGCCCGCACAAGCGUUUCAACGCGUUCAACUUACGUGAAGCAGUUCGACAGAGGGGCAUCAUUCUUGAAAGUCAAGCUACUUGGCGCUGCCCACAAGACUUGAUUCCUCACUUUGUUGGACGUCGAGGCCAGAAUCUCAAACAACUCAUGGCAGGCUUAGCAGCAGCUGUUCACAUCUUGGAUGGAGGGGGCAUUGAGGUAAGAGCUUCAGACAGCAGGGCUGAGGAAGAAGCAAAAUCGCGAAUCACGGCGUGGCUUGUGGAACGGGGGUUGCCUGAGGCCAUGGCAAGGCCACCGAACACUUCUGGCGAUCCAUUGUCCCUGCGAGUUGAGGAUUUAGAGCGCUUGCUGUCAUUGCUGUGGUACCGAGACCAGCUUCCAACCAUUGGCUUUUGCUUCGACAAACGCAUGUGCGAGCGAGUAGCCCUGUUGUUGGCUGGGGCAAAGCGAAUGGAUUUUUCAAGCAACUUCAAGAAGAACAAGAUCCGCGAGCGCCUGCGAGCCGGCCUUGCCCGUCUUGAUGAAAGAGACAAGCAGCUUGCACAGGUAAGGCAUUCAUGCGACUUGUUGGUGCGUGGCAUUGGUGUCCACCAUGGCGGCAUGCUCCCGCUUCUGCGCGAAAUGGUGGAACUACUGUUUGCAGAUGGGCUUCUUCCUGUGAUUUUUGCCACUGAGACCUUUGCCAUUGGCUUGAACAUGCCUGCCAAGUCCGUGAUCUUCACCGAUGUUGUGAAGUUCGAUGGGCGCAGCCGCCGAGUACUGAACAGUGGGGAGUUUAGACAAAUGUCUGGCCGAGCCGGGCGUCGUGGAUUGGACCAGAGAGGUCAUGUGUAUGUCAUGCUCCACAACACCAUGAUCUUGAAGCAAACUGCUACAACAGUGCUUGAACGCUUGUACAUUGAAGAGCCUUCGGGGGUAGAGAGUCGCUAUCGUGUCUGCUGGUCAUCUUUGCUUCACUUGAUUUCUGCUGGCCCAGCACAUCUCUUCACUAUGCUUUACAGAAGCUUCCAAAGAUUCACGAACCCAAAUGCAGCCAUCGCCCUACAGCAAGAGGCAACUUGGAUGGUGAAGGUGCUGCAAGAACUUGACUUUGUGGACAAGUCAUGCGUCCGGGUGAACCCUCAGCUCUGCGAAACGGCCUUGCAGUGGGCCUCAGGGCAAGACUUUACCUCGGCAGUGCUCAGCAGUGGUGUCGCAGUGGGCGGUGAAGGCAUUGUAACUCGAGCGCUGCGACGGCUGGAUGAGCUGAUGCGGGAGAUCACCUUUGUCUUAAGACACGACUUGGGCUCACCCCAGGCAGCACAGCGCAUUCAAGGCCACUUGGAUCCAUUGGACAUAGGCUUCAGCCAGGCAAAUUGCAGUGCCAAUUUUCAGUGCCCCCCGGUGCGUGGAGGCCCCGGUGACAUUUUGGGCUUGGCAAAGGGGCUGAGUGAUGGAAGCAUCUUUCCAUCACAAGUCAGACCACUAAGCAUCUAUUGGUUUCGGCAUCGCUACUAUUCCCUGGACAAUCGGCGACUAGCAGCUUUCAGGCUUUGGCGUCUUUUCGCCGAAGAUGCAAAGGUGCCGGUGAAAGUCCUCAAUCGCAGCCAAGCUUUGUCUGAGCAUUGGCUCCGAAAGUUUUCGACUGGGUUCACCGGAGGCCGAAAGAUUCGAAUCAGAGGAAGCGAUCUUUUUGUCGGGGCCACUCGUGAACAAUGCACCUUUGGCAAUAACCUGUGGGCUUGA